AUGUGGACUUUUAGGCAACUAUCGAAAAACGCUACUAGAAUAUCACCAUCAGCAUAUCGCCACAUGUCAACCUCGUCGGCCAACCCGCAAGUCGAUGUCGCCGACGACGGAGGUAUCGCUGUGAUGACGCUGCAGCGAGCGCCGAUCAACAGCCUCAACCUGGAACUACUGCAAGCUAUCAGCAAGGCGCUCGAUGAUGUGGCCAAGAACAAACCUGAUGGCAUGAUCUUGACUUCUGCAUCUCCAACUGUAUUUUCGGCAGGUCUUGACAUAAUGGAAAUGUACAAACCUAAACAAAAAAGACUCGAGCAAUUUUGGACCACUUUGCAAGAAGUAUGGACUAAGCUAUUUGGGUUCAAGUUCGCCACAGCUGCUGCUAUUAACGGCCAUGCACCAGCGGGGGGUUGUAUACUUGCCCUGUCUUGUGAAUACCGAACCAUGGUGGACGGCAAAUACACUAUAGGCAUCAACGACACAGCCCUAGGCAUUAGCGUGCCACAGUGGGUCAUGGACACAAUGAGGUACACCAUUGGAAGCAGAGAUGCCGAGUUGAUCCUUACGUCAGCUACAUUGUGUACUGUUGCUGAAGCAUUGAAGGUUGGUCUUAUUGACGAGACAGCCUCUGAUAAGGCUGAUGCAAUAGAAAAGUGCAAGAAAUUCAUAGGAAAGUUUAAAAAGAUUCCACCACUUGCCCGCUCUACGACCAAGCUGAAAAUAAGGCAAGAACUACUGAAUAAUAUGAAGAGGAUACAGCAGCAGGACACUGCCGAGUUUCUCCAACAUAUUCAGAACCCAGAAGAACAGCGGGAUUUGGAAAUUUACAUUCAAAAAUUGAAAGCGAAGAAGGCAAUAAAGUAAACUUAAAUGUACUAACGGUAGCGUAUUCUGUGGACCUUGCAAGUAUAGUAUGAAUUUUGUGAAAUAUUUUUUUCUGCUCGCACCAUAAUCUGUUAAACUAAAGGUAUUGUUUCCUUUAUACAGUGAGUAGUUCUGCUACUAAGUACUAAAAACGCCGUCAUAAGUAAAGUAAACGGGAAUAAACCGUUUAAAAACUGUCCGUUUAAAAAAUUUA